AUGUUAGCUACUAUUGAUCGAUGGCUUAUAUCAUCUACUAAUGUACGUUUUCGACGUUUAAGUUCAUAUAAAAAUGUUGUACGCAGUAUUUUUCUGUUAACAUUAUUAUCAUUGACUAUUCAUUCUCAACUUCUUUAUUGUUAUGAAUCAUCUUUGAAUAAUACACCUUUAAAAUGUUUCAAUAAAAAUACAGUAUGUCGAUUAAUAAAUGAUUUAUCGUUUGCUAUACUUACAAUUCUUUUACCUCUGAUAUUAAUUGUAAUAUUUGGUUGGAUGACUAUUUUAAAUAUUCGUUUAAGUCAUAAUCGUAUUAAACCUGCUAUUGGAGUUAAUAUUGUAGGUAGUCCAUUGGAAUUAGUCAGUCAUCAUCAACAACAACGAUUUAAAAAAAUCGAUCAUCAUCUUUUUAUUAUGCUUUUCAUUCAAGCAAUUCUUUUUUCUUUUCUAACUUUUCCUGUUGCUAUUCAAAAACUUUAUGCAACAUUAACAAUGAAUAUUGAAAAAUCUCCAUUAAAAAUAACAAUUGAAGAUUUUGUUUAUCAAAUUACUCUUCUUAUGACUUAUUUUGCAUUCGGAAUGCAAUUUUAUGUUAAUACUUUAAGUGGUGGAGAUGUUUUUCGAAAAACUAUGAUAAAUUUUCGACAAUUCAUCAUUCGAAAAAUAAUUUGUCAAUAA